GGCGUUAGAAACAUGGCGGCGCUGUGUGUGUUAAAGUCUGUAAGGACAGCUCUCAGUGUAGUCCAGUGUGCUAGUAGUUUAAAUGUGGGAAUUAAAUCUCCUCAACUGUCAUUUUUCGGCUUCACUUUAAGUCGUGGAAUUCGAAACGUGGUGGAGCAAAAGGAUGGAAAAACCACAGUGAUAGAAGGGGUGAAGCUGGCAACACCUGAGAGUCCACAACCACCUAAUCCAAAUGCAACUUGCCCUAUUUACAGAUGGAACCUACAAAACAAGUACACAUACACAGAUGUUUUACUACUGAGUCAGUUCAUUAGAUCGGAUGGUGGGAUGUUGCCAAGACGCAUUACUGGUCUCUGUGCUCAGGAACACCACAAAAUUGCCAUCUGUGUGCAGAUGGCCCAUCGUGCAGGUCUCCUGCCAGACCAUAGACCACGUCUUCCUGAAGGCCAUGUGCCAAAGCCCAAGCCCGACCCCCCACUUAACAGGUACCUGACACGCUACUCUGUGAAAUCAGUCAAGCCCAUCUAUAAGAAAGGACUAAAAUGGUGUAAAGUACGCAUGCCCGUGGGACAUCCAGCCCUCAAGGAUAACAUCAGAUACAGUCCCAAGCCAAUGUACACUAAGCACUGAUGCAAGGACCAGGACGUUCUCAGUCUUCAAAAUUACUCAUCGUACAAACUAAAAAGACACAUCACAUCCUGGAAAUGAACUUAUCAUGAGCCACUCUCUUUGUUUUACUGUGCUCUGAUAACUACCUUGUUUCCCCAGACAAGAAGCAGAUGUUCCAAAUAAUAAAUUGUUUUCAGAAAA